CCUACAUCGAAGAAGGAAGUACUUUGAAUACCUGGCGCGUUAACAACAGUGGCAGAUUCGUUUAAAGGCCUUGGAACCUCCUGGUAAAGCCAAAGUAAUGGCCGGUUCAGAUCCGGUCCGGCUGGGUCGGAAACGAGUCCUGCCCCCCUGUCCAAACCCGCUCUUCCUCCAGUGGCUGACCGAACUACGGGACCAGGCCAAGGAGAGAGGACUGAAGACACAACACACCUAUCAGAAGGCCAUCAUCUCAUUAAAGAAGUACCCUCUACCGCUCCAGAAUGCGAGGGAGGCAAAGAUCCUCCAGAACUUUGGUGACGGGAUUUGUAAAAUACUCGACGAGAAACUACAGAGACAUUACAGUGAAAACGGUCCAGACGCCCCGAUCAAUUGUGUCCCAAAAGGAGCACCCCUGCCUAAUAGACCCGAUAACAACAACCUGGCUCCAUCCAGUAAGAGGAAUGCUCCAGGAGACAGAGGGAAGGGGAAAAGUGGAGAAGGAGUGAAGAAAAAGAGGGAGUAUGUUCCUCAGAAUAGGUCUGGAGGCUAUGCCCUCCUCCUCACGCUCUACAGACAAUCUCAGAUACCUGGUAGUAAAGGUUAUAUGUUUAAGAUGGAGUUGCAAGCCGAGGCGCAGCUGCUCUGUGAUAAGUCUUUCACAGUGCCAGACCUAGGGAGUAUGUAUACAGCCUGGUCAUCUGUCAGCACCCUGAUCCAGAAGAACCUGGUUCUGAAGACACACAACCCUGCAAGGUACUCUUUGACAGAGGAGGGUGCGGCUUUGGCAGAGCGACUGGAGUCAGGAGAACAAGAGACCAACAGAGGAAAGGAGAGACUGAGAAAUGGGGAAAUGGAUAGAAUGGAAGGAGAGGAGGAGGAGGGAGAUGAAGAAGAGAGAGGAAGAGUCCCUGAACUCAUUGACCUUACGGCGAAUGGAGAUGAGGAAAAGGAAGAGGAGAGAAUACGACCUGUGGACCAGCCGGCCUGUGUCGCUGAGCCCAGCAAUAAGGUAGAUGGACAGAGCUGUUCAGAAAGGUCCACGAGUAGACGGGCAAAUGGAGGAUGUCUCUUACCUGGCACCUAUGAGAUUAUCCUCUGUGUUGAUUUUGUUGAAACAACAGGUGGCAGCCACCACCGUAAACAGGAGCUGGUAAAAGAGCUCCAGCGGAACGGCGUGACUUUUGACAUCCGGAAGCUAAAUGUCGGCGACUUCCUUUGGGUCGCCCGGGAGAAAAUUGCACCUGUGCCAGGUCAACUGCGUGCCCCCAUAGGCAAGGAGCUGGUCCUUGAUUACAUCAUCGAGAGGAAGAGGAUGGACGACCUGUGUGGCAGCAUCAUCGAUGGACGCUUCAGGGAGCAGAAGUUCCGUCUAAAGCGGUGUGGUCUUCAUAGGCCCAUCUAUCUGGUGGAGGAGUGUGGGGCAGCGGCUGCGCACAUGAGUAUACCUGAGGCCACACUACAGCAAGCUAUAAUCAACACACAGGUUGUGGAUGGCUUCUUUGUGAAAAGAGUUCAGGAUGUAAGGGAGUCAGCAGCCUACCUCACCAUCAUGACCAGAUACCUCACUAAACUCUAUCAGAACCGGACCCUGAUGUGUCGUUCUAGAGAGCUAGAAGGAGAUGGAGAAAGCGAGGAUGGGAAGGGGGGGGCUGGAAGAGGGGAACCCUCCCCCUCCUGUUCUCUCAUCUCAUUCGCUGAGUUCAACCAAGGGGCGGUCAAAAACAAGUGUCAGACAGUUAAGGAGGUGUUUGCCCGACAGUUGAUGCAGAUCAGUGGACUGUCUGGUGACAAGGCAGCUGCUAUAUUGGAGCAAUACAGCACUCCACACAGUCUUCUCACAGCAUAUGAACAGUGCACAAGCGAAGCAGAGAAAGAAAAACUUCUCUCCUCCAUCAGAUAUGGAAAACUCAAAAGGAACCUCGGUCCAGCUCUGAGCAGAACUGUCUACCAGCUGUACUGUAUGCAAGGACCACUGUCCUAGACAAACAUGUCUACACACACACUCAUUAACUCACACUGUCAAAGAUGCACACACACCCACCUCAUACACAUACAAGAUGGAGCUGUAUGUAUGUAAAUGUGAAAAUGCUGCUAUGAAUAGCUCACCCAAGUAUCGUCUUUCAACAAUAAAGAUUA